AAGAUUUAGUUGGCUACUGGUUGCGAUUUUCCUGUUACUAAUGGAAUAGCUCGCAAUAUUUCCGGUACUGUGGCAAAGUCAAAACUUGUGCAGAGUUUUAUUGAUUGCCUCCGUGUUUGUGUGUAUGUGGCCGCUGGAGUAAAAUUUUCCACUCAUGUAGCUCGCUACCCUUACUGUGCGUGCGUCCGUGAUGGGGCCCAGCCUCGUGCGUCUGUCUUUACUCGCCGCUUCAGCAUGUUUAGCUCUACUCUGCGCCAGAAGUUUUGCUGAGGUCCCAGAUGGCCCAGACGCCAAGACGUCCCUCCCACCUCAUGAAGACGAGCUUUUUGUUGAUGACGUUACAGAUGAGGCGGGAGACGACCUGGUGCGCGAGACACCUGCGUGUGGCUCCAGCCACCACCGUUCUCAUACUCCACCCCUCGUGUUGGUGAGCACCCUGGAUGGAAAGAUUUCGGCCCUGGACAUGUACAAUGGUGGUCAGCUGAAGUGGACACUGGAUACAGAGGGUACAGAGCCACUCCUGUCAGCCAGCAUCAGCAGACUGGAGUUGAUGAGAAAUGGCCGCCCCAUGCAACUGAUUCCCUCCCUUGAUGGAGGACUGUUCCAGUGGGAUGGGGAGAGCCUGGAGGCUGUUCCGUUUACUGCUGAUACCCUUGUCAGCUCCACGUACAAGAUGAACGAUGACACAAUGUUGGUGGGAGGGAAGGAGACCAAGAUGUUUGGAGUCCAUGCCAAAACUGGCAAGAUGCAAUAUAUCUGCACGUCCGACGGCUGCACGAACUUUGGAAAUAAUGAAACAGAGGCUGCACAUGGUGACUCACUGAGUGAGGAUGAUGUCAUCGUGGUAAAGCGCCUGCAGCAGACAGUUCGGUCUGUGGAACACAGGAAGGGGAUGGAACAGUGGGUUCAUCUUAUGUCUUAUUAUACUCUAAAUGCAUUUAGGUUCGCGGGGAUUCACGAGCUAGUCUUCCUGGAGGGUAACCAUGACAACAGUAUGAAUGACAGCAGUGAUGAUGUCCCAGAUGAUGUCAUUGAGGAUGUGUCGUGCAAGUCCUCCAACAUGUACAGCUGGGAUUACUACGAGGAGGACAGCCUGACCAGCAUCAAAGUGUCUGUACCUGACGGGGUGGUGUCUGCUGUCAGACAUGACAGACCAGACAAGGUCAUCUGGAAAUACAAGUUUGCCAGCCCUGUGGCAGCAGCAUGGACCCUGGAGGAUGGUGAGCUGCUGUCUGUCAGUCUGUUUGACCACACCCAUGUUCCUGCCCUAACCUCUGAGGAUCAGACCCUCCCUCCUUGA